AUGAAAGACUUCCUUCUGGCAGUUGCCGCCGUCGCCGUCGCCAGCAGUGGACACUCUUCAGCAUGGAGCUACGCGCCCAACACGACAUACUCAGCCAAGAUCCAAGUCAACACAGCCCAAAAACACCAGACCAUGAUCGGCGGCGGCUGUUCCGGGGCAUUCGGGAUAGCAUGUCAACAAUUCGGAUCAGUAGGCCUGUCCUCCGACAAACAGGAAGAAGUCACUCAGAUCCUAUUUGACGAGAACGUCGGCGGCCUAUCGAUCGUGCGCAACGACAUCGGAUCGACUCCAGGCCAUGUCGCCGGGGAUGUGGCGUCCAUCCUACCAGCAUGUCCAGCAACCCCAGCAGGACCGUUCAACUACGUCUGGGACGGCAACGACACAUGUCAACUACAGCUGACGCAGACGGCGCUGAAAUACAAUCCCAACAUCUACGUCUAUGCCGACGCAUGGUCUGCGCCAGGGUGCAUGAAGACCGUGGGGACCGAGGACAACGGCGGCCUGAUCUGCGGCGUGCGAGGCAGCGACACCAGUCCCAACUGUACAGCUGAUUGGCGCCAGGCAUAUGCCGACUACCUGGUCCAAUAUGUAAAAUUCUACGAACAGGAAGGGAUCGAAGUGUCGUUGCUCGGCGCGUACAACGAGCCCGACUUCAAUCCCAUCACCUACGCCAGUAUGGAAUCGGACGGAUACCAAGCCAAAGACUUUUUGGAAUUUCUCUAUCCGACAGCUAAAAAGGCUUUUCCCAAUAUCAGCGUUGCAUGCUGCGAUGCCACGGGCGCCAGACAGGAGCGGAACAUCUUGUACGAGCUGGAGCAGGCCGGUGGCACAGAUGUCUUUGAUGUCGCUACUUGGCACAACUACCAAAGUAACCCGGAACGACCGUUCAAUUUGGCCGGCGGCAAACCGAAUCUGAUGACGGAAUGGGCCGAUGGCACCGGGCAAUGGAACCCUUAUUGGGAUGUCACUGGCCAGCUGGCUGAAGGGCUCCAAUGGGCAAUGUACAUUCACAACGCACUCGUCAACUCCGACACAUCGGGCUACGUACACUGGUGGUGCGCGCAAAACACGACAGGCGACAACGCCCUGAUCCGUUUACAGUAUGAUGACUACUUUGUCUCGAGGCGUUUGUGGGCAUUCGCCUCGUAUUUUCGCUUCGCGAGACCGGGAGCCGUUCGCGUCGAUGCAGACAGUGAUGUCGAGAACGUCUAUGUUAGUGCCUAUGUCAAUGAGAAUGGUACUAUUGCCGUUCCGGUUAUAAAUGCUGCGCAUUUUGGGUACGCGUUGACUGUGAAUGUUGACUUGCCUGGCUUGGAAAUUGGAGUUGGGAAUGGCAAUGGCAAUGCGACCAUGAGGACCGUUACUGCAUUUCUCACGGACAAUGAACAUAACGUUACUAUGGUGGGACAGACACAGACCGGCACCAGCGACGGCAGCGGCAGUGCUGGUAAGUUGGUCUCCUUUGAAGCCAUGAUUGAGCCGAGAGCGACGAAGACUUUCUUUCUAAGUUGA